GGGAUAGAGGCGGCCGUAGAGCUGCCUGUGGAGGUGGGAGACUGAAGUGCGGUUGGAGUUGCUGCGGCUGGAGAGGGCGAUCACCGGAGGCAGCCUGGGGAUGGUGUCGAGGCGCAGGGCGCUGGUGGGAAGCCAUGCAGGGACCAAGGCCAGUGGUUCUGAGUGGUCCAUCAGGUGCAGGGAAGAGCACUUUGUUAAAGAAAUUGCUUAAAGAUUAUGAGAACGUAUUUGGCUUUAGCGUCUCCCAUACCACAAGGCAGCCAAGACCUGGAGAAGUAAAUGGCAAAGAUUACCACUUUGUGACAAGAGAGGAAAUGCAGAAAGAAAUUGAUGCUGGUGAAUUCAUUGAGCAUGCAGAGUUCUCUGGAAAUAUGUAUGGAACAAGUAAAGGUGCAGUGCAGGCUGUCCAGGCCCAGAACCAGAUCUGUGUCCUUGACAUCGACAUCCAGGGCGUGAAGAACAUCAAGAAGACGGACCUGAACCCCAUCUACAUCUCUGUGCAACCUCCGUCCAUAGACAUCUUGGAAAAAAGACUACGUGAUCGAAAGACUGAGACAGAAGAAAGUUUGAUGAAGCGUUUGACUGCAGCCCGCAUAGAUUUGGAACUUAGUAAAGAGCCUGGCCUGUUCGACUUGGUCAUUAUUAAUGAUGAUUUAGAAAAAGCCUAUUCUGAAUUGAAAGAGACACUCCUGGAGGAAAUCAAGAAGACCCAAGAAUCCAGGAAAUCCUGAGCUGAGCCUGCUUGGAUGUUUUAUCUUUGCACAUCAUUCCCGAAGCACGUGACACCCAUUUCAUUGCGAGAGACAUUCCCUUUAGACUGAUCCUCCUCCCGAGUUACUCUAGGAUGUUUCUAUUAAAAGGAAAGAAAAUGAAA